AUGCCCAACCCUGGAAACGUCGCUGGAGGCUACAAAGCCUCUCUUCAUAAUCCUAAUGUAUCCGAUGAGGCUAAACAGCACUCGAAGGAGGUCCUGGAGCAUGAAGACUUCAGUAGAAGUCCCACUCACGCCAAGAACCCUGGUAAUGUCGCAGGAGGUUACAAAGCCGCUCUCCACAACCCCCAUGUUUCCAAAGAAACCAAGAAACACGAUCAGGAAGUCCUGGAGGAAUUGGAGUAA